AUGUCGUCGUAUUACGAUAACGGCUAUCAAGGCGGAUAUGGGAAUAGUGGUGGUGGUGGGAGUGGUGGGUACAAUCGGCCGAGCCAUCAUCGCAUCAAUGAGGAAGAUGUGCCCGAGUCAAAGCACACCGUCUUCAUUAGAGGAUUGCCCGGGAAUAUGCCCACCGAUGAAGUGAAGGAGUAUUUCGAUGAAAGAAUUGGCCCAUGCUCGUUCGAUUUUACGAAGGUUUCAGCCGAUCGCUCGCGACUUUUCGUCGCCGUGCGUUUCGAGUCGAGAGAGCAUGCGAAGGAGUGCAUGAAUAGAUACAAAGAUGCGGAUGUUUUGGGAUAUCCGUGUGAAUUGACAUGGUUUCGUGAUAUUCGCCGUUUCGCUUCAUACCAAGCUGCACAACAAGGUGUGAGAGGAGGCGCCGCUUUGGCGAAUCGUGGACGACGCGGGAAUAUGUAUCGACCGAAUGCGGGGAGAUACGAUAGAGGAAGCUACUACGAGAGAAAGCGACGUCACUCAUCCGAUGAGUCAUCCCGUUCACGCUCGAGAUCUCGUUCUGGCAGUGGCUCAUCGAGGCGUUCCCGUUCCGCUUCUCGUCGUUCAUCAUCUCGUGAAAGAGUGAUUCAGAGCCAAGACGAAUCAAAAAGGAGAAAAAAACAGAAGAAGACAAAGAAAGAAAAGAAGCGCCGUUCCGCUACACUCUCAAGCGCUUCUGAUGGUGAGCUGCGAUCGGAAUCAGGAAAAGGAAGUCGAUCCCCUCGUCAACCAAGAAGCCCAGCUCGAUCUCCACAAAAAGAGGCUUUAGUUGUGAGUCAUGAUCGAUCCGAUUCACCGCUACGUGUGAGAGAAGUGAAGGCGGCUCCCAACGAGAAGGAUGGGAUUCAAAUCUCGAUCAAGGUGCCAUCAAGUGUCCCACUUCCACCAAUGCCUCCACCGCCUGUUCAAUCACAAGCCGGCAAAGAGGUACACAACACCACGAUCAGCUUUGGACUUGAAGGGGAUCAACCGCCAAAGAAAGUCAUUCGCAAGCCGAGCACUCCGCCCGCGAAAGAGGAGGAGAUGGAUAUCCCUACACCACCUGCGCCAGCUCCUGCGCUAGCUCCUGCGCCAGCUCCUGUGCGAGCUCCUGCGCCAGCUCCUGCCGAGCCACAAGUCAUCACGAUCAAUCCACGAUUCAAGCCCAUAGGCGAGCGACCACUCAAUGGAGGCUAUGUGAGCGCUUCACAGAAAUUGGUCGAGAUCCCUCCACGUUCCCCUUCUCCGCCACCACCUCCACCAAAAGUUCUUCCAAUUCCACCAAAGCCUGUACCACCAUCUCCAAGAGUCAUCCAAACUCCUCCACAGCCGACAAGCAAGGCGACACGCGACGCGCCCUCUCUUCCCUCCACUCCUCAACAACAAACCCCGACUGUUACUAAGAGAAACGAGAUACAAAUCGCAAGCAAUUUCUCGACACCGAUCUCCACUCCAAUCACUCCAGUUGCUCCAAGCCCCGCUUUUCAGCCAAGACAAUUGCAGAAACGAGCUUCGGAAUUUCAGGAAGUGAAACCGGUAAUGAAAGACGACAAGUACCCGAACACGGCGACUCUUUUGGAAGGAGUGAAAGAAUUUCAGACGAUUAUCAUCGAACAGAUCAAGUAUGAGCCACCAGAGGAAGAGGAAUCAGGAACUCUCAAGCUCUCCUCAUUGUCGACAAUGGAGGAAGACAAUGAUGAAAAUGAGGAGAUGAAAUCAUUUGAAAGGGAACAGAAAUUGGCCUCACUCACCACACUUCAACGGGAUAAAGUCGAGCUGAAGAAGAAACAACUUGAAAAGGCGUUUAAAAACGACUGUGAGACGUACAAGAUCGUGACGCUGAAACUGUUGAGUAAAGACGGAGAUCUCGAGAAAGGAUUGCGAUUGGCGAUGAUGCAGGUGUUCGAAGAUUUGGAGAAGCAAAUGUUAGAGAAAUUGGACGUUUUCCUCACUCAAGUU